AUGGAUAUUCUUCACUGGUUUUGCGUAUAUCUAAGCAUGUUCUGUAGCCUGGUGCCUUGCAGUGGCCACCCCCAGCCAUGCCGUAUACUUGCCCGUAUUGGGCAUACCGUGCGCCUUGGUGCUCUCUUGCCCCAGGCUAGUCACUCUCAGAUCAGGAUUCAGAACAUUCUAUCCCGGAUUAGUCGCAGCAGUUUGCUCCCUUACAACUUGAGCCUGGAAGUUGUGUCUGGAGCCCCUCGAGAAAGGGAUCCUGCCUCACUGGCUCGGUGGUUAUGCCAAGCGGUUGUUGCUCAAGGAGUUGCAGCAGUAUUGGGGUUUCCACAGUCCCAAGAGGAGCUCCUCCAAAUAGAGUUUCUGUCCAGUUUCCUGGAGAUCCCAUUCCUCAGUAUCUUGGAGAAGGAAAAGAUUGUACCACUGACAACCAAGAAUCCCUUCCACCUUUGUAUGGACACACGAAGCUCAGUUGAUGCCCUGAUGGAAGUUCUUAUCAGUGUUUUACAGAACAGCAGUGCAGAGGAACUGACCCUUGUCACUUGCCACCCAUGGAACAGUGCCAGUAUUCUGAGUUACCUGAGCACCAACACCAGCUUAGUGACACGAGCUGUUCUUAAUGUUCACUCCUUAGAUGACUCUGGUGUAGUAUCCUACCUACAGCAGCAUUUUGAGGCCAUAAGGGAUCUUCCAUCUCCACUGUUGCUGCAUGGCUGUGAUGCUCGUCGCUCUGCUCUUGUGUUUCGUGCAGCUAGAGACUGUGGACUAGAGCCACAAGAGUUUCACUGGAUGAUUGAAAAUCCCCUUAAUGUUGAAGAGAUGCAGACAGAGGGAAUGCCACCGGGUCUCCUAGCUUAUGGUGAGGUCAGUCGGCCCAGCUUGGAGAAGUUUGUUCGUGAUGCAGUAGGACUUGUUACACGGGCUAUUUCCAGUGCUGUGCGAGUCAGGCCAGACCUAGCUCUUAUACAAAGCAUGGUGAACUGCAAUGAUAAGCAGUCUGUGAAAAGCGAGUCAUCUGGCCUCUAUCUUUCCAGGUUUCUUGCCAACACUUCAUUUGCUGGCCAAACUGGCCAGGUUUAUGUGACUGACAGCAACUUGGUCCACACUGAUCACCAUUACAAGCUUUGGAGUCUGGUGAGGGACUCUUUGGGGGACCCCACCUGGGUAACUGUGGGAGGCUGGAGAGAGGGAAAGAUGGAAGUGGAGGAAGGUUUAUGGCAAAGUCGAAUCCAGCAGAGAGAACCUCUAAUGGCCGGUUCAGGACGUACCAAACUACGUGUUGUAACCCUAGUAGAGCACCCCUUUGUCUUCACUCGGGAGAUAGAUGCAGAUGGGAGUUGCCCAGCUGGGCAGUUAUGCCUUGACCCGCACACAAACAGCUCCACUAUACUGGAUGCUCUAUUUGAGGAGCUCAACUCUCCUAAUGGUUCUGUGCCAUUAGAAUAUAAGACUUGUUGCUAUGGCUAUUGUAUUGAUCUGUUGGAGAAACUGUCAGAGGAUCUACAGUUUAACUUUGAGCUUUACAUUGUUGGUGACGGGAAAUAUGGGGCACGAAAAGGUGAUCGGUGGACAGGUCUAGUUGGAGACUUGUUGAGUGGAGCAGCUCACAUGGCUGUCACUUCCUUCAGUAUUAAUUCAGCAAGAAGCACUGUGAUAGAUUUCACCAGCCCUUUUUACUCAACAAGUCUAGGAAUCCUGGUGCGCAUGCGGGAUACAGCCUCCCCUAUUGGAGCCUUCAUGUGGCCUCUGCACUGGUCUAUGUGGGUGGGCAUAUUUGUGGCAUUGCACAUCACAGCACUAUUCCUCACCUUCUAUGAAUGGAAGAGUCCAUUUGGGAUGACACCACAUGGACGUAACCGUGUAAAAAUAUUUUCCUAUUCCUCAGCACUUAACCUCUGUUAUGCCAUAUUGUUUGGGAGAACAGUAUCUAGCAAGACACCCAAGUGCUGUACAGGUCGUGUCCUCAUGAACCUCUGGGCUAUUUUUUGCCUCCUUGUACUCUCCAGCUACACUGCCAACCUGGCUGCAGUUAUGGUGGGAGAGAAGACCUUUGAGGUGUUGUCGGGAAUUCAUGACCCCAAGCUUCAUCACCCUUCUCAGGGCUUUCGCUUUGGCACAGUAUGGGAGAGUAGUGCAGAACAGUAUAUCAAGAAAAGUUUCCCUGAAAUGCAUAACUACAUGCGCAGAUUCAGCGUCCCAGCCACAUCAGAUGGGGUCCACCUGCUGAAGACAGAUCCCCCAACUCUCAAUGCUUUUAUCAUGGAUAAAGCUCUGCUGGAAUAUGAGGUUUCCAUAGACUCAGACUGCAAGCUGCUCACAGUGGGGAAACCUUUUGCCAUAGAAGGUUAUGGUAUUGGGCUUCCGCAAAACUCUCCUCUAACCUCCAACAUCUCAGAAUUUAUCAGCCGCUACAAAUCAUCUGGAUUCAUGGACACGUUACACGACAAGUGGUACAAGAUGGUUCCUUGCGGAAAACGGGUUUUUGCUGUGACAGAGACGCUUCAGAUGGGGAUUUAUCACUUCUCAGGGUUGUUCGUCCUUCUAUGUAUUGGGUUUUGUGGUUCACUCCUCACUUCACUGGGGGAGAGAGUUGUCUAUCAUCUUGUUAUUCCCCGAAUCAGGAGGAAACACAGGUUUAAGUACUGGCUGCAUACCAGCCAGAAGAUGCAUCGAGCACUGAACGCCACCUGUGAGGAUCAACAUGUCCCACCUGCAAAACCAGAGAAGCGCUGCAACCUUCAGAAAGAAGAUCUAGCAGAUGCUCCUUCUGUGUGGAACAACCUGCGUCGGACUCCAGCUCGCCAGGAGAAGAGGGUACACUUUAAUCUGGAGCUCCCAAAGGACAAAGAGAACCCCUGUGAGAAUGGGCGCUUAAAAGGUCAUGAGGAGGAGGAGCUUACAGAGCUUGAAGUAAAGAUUGAGGGUAUGAAGGAGCAGCUGAGAGCCGCCUUGGUGAGGAAGAGCCAGCUGAUGGUGAACUUGCAAUCAUCCUGCUCCCACAAAAAUGCAGAAAACCCAGGAAAUAGAUGA